AUGGACUAUAUGGGAAUAUUGGGCGAAACAAUGGACCUUAUUGCCAAGGAGAAGGCCGGUAUAUUGAAGCCAAAGGGUAAAACAGUUUUUGCACCCCCAAAUUUCGGCGAAAUACCAAAUGACCAGGAAGGCUCGCGUUUCGCCAGUGUUAGGCGGGAGCUACUAGUUGAUGGUGUUCAUAACAUACCAGCUGCAUCUGCUCUUCGAUCUUUUAUUGAUAAUGAGUUUGACAAGAUUAAGCCGAUUCACUGGUUAAAGACGGUAGGGAUAUCCUGCAAUGCUUAG